AUGGGCUCGGACGAUGUCAGGGAGCUUCCCGCGGGCGCUGCGCCCACGGACGACGACACGAAGAAGACACCCGACAUUGGGUUGAAGGCAGGGUCAUCAACCUCUUCUCUCGCUGUCUCGGAUCAUCGGGCGAUUAAGUAUGUUAGUGACGGCGCCUUCGAUACUUCGGAAGAUCCCAGGUUCUACAAGCCUAUCCCGGAAUAUGAAAGCGCGCAUCGCUGGGAUCCAUACUUCGAAUGGUCCGAGGAGGAGGAAAAGGCGCUUAUCAGAAAGAUCGACUUUCGGGUCUGUACGUUCGCAUGCAUAACAUUUUUUGCUCUUCAGCUUGAUAGAGGCAACAUCGUCCAAGCAAACUCGGAUAACAUGCUCGAAGACUUGGGCAUGACUACGGACGACUACAACAACGGUCAAACGAUCUUCUAUCUUACAUUCCUGUUCUCGGAGCUGCCGUCUCAAUUGCUAUCCAAGAAAGUUGGUCCCGACCGCUGGAUUCCAAUUCAAAUGGUCGCGUGGAGUUUUGUCGCUGCGUUCCAGGCGUUUCUGAAGAACCGCGCUGGAUACUUCACUUGCCGAGCGCUCCUUGGUAUCUUGGAGGGAGGAUUCAUUGCCGAUACCAUUCUGUUCCUGUCGUUCUUCUACAAAUCCAAGGAACUCCCGGCAAGAUUGAGUUAUUUCUGGGUCUCCUAUGAGGCCACCUCCAUCGUUGGCGCUUUCCUAGCCUAUGGUUUUCUUCGCAUUCACAACGCCGAUGGCACCGGUGGAUGGCGGUAUCUCUUUGCCUUCGAGGGCCUCAUUACCGGAAUCGUCGGGGUGAUCGCUGCUUUCUGGAUGCCUGCGUCCCCCACUCAGACCAAGGGUGGUUUCCGUGGAAAAGACGGCUGGUUCAACGAACGCGAGGAAAAGAUUCUCGUCAACCGUGUGCUCCGCGACGACCCCAGUAAGGGAAGCAUGCACAACCGCCAGGCAGUCACGCCGAAGAUGCUUUGGCAAGCCCUGUGCGACUACGAUAUGUGGCCCAUCUACCUUAUCGGCCUCGUAUGGAUGAUUCCCAACACGCCUGCCACGAACUACAUCACCCUCGAGUUGAAGUCGCUUGGAUUCGGCACCUUCGAGACCAACCUCCUGACCAUUCCCGCAUACGUCAUCUUCAUCAUCAACCUGCUUUUCUGGACUUGGAUCUCAGAGCGCUUCAACCAGCGUCUACUGCUGGGCGUUGUUUCUGAAUUCUGGUGCUUGAUCUUGCUCAUCACUCUUGAGGUCCUGCCGGACGGGGCCAGUUCGUGGGCGCGAUGGAUCAUCAAUGCGCUGUUGAUUGGAGCCCCUUACGUGCAUGCGAUCAUUGUAGCCAUGACAUCCAGAAACGCUGGUUCUGUCCGCACGCGCACGGUUGCCAGUGCUGUGUACAACAUGAUGGUUCAAGUGUCUAGUAUUGUUGCCAGUCAGAUCUAUCAAGACAAGGAUAAGCCAUACUACCGUGUUGGUAACAAGGUCUUGAUUGCCUUGUCUAUAUUCAGCAUGGCUUUGUUCAUUGGCGCCAAGCUCUACUACAUCUGGCGCAACAAGCGCAAUGCUGCUAUUUGGAACAACAUGUCCAGCUCCGAGAGAGAAGAGUACCUUGCAGCUAACAAAGACCUUGGAAACAAACGACUCGAUUUCCGAUUUACGCACUAG